AUGUUCAAGAAAAUCAUGAAAGGUGGGCAUCGAAAGCCCUCUAAAUCCGAGGCUAAUGAACCUUCUAGUUAUGGGAUUGGUCCUCCGGCUAGGUCAGGUCCUGGUUCCAAUGUGGUCGUUAGCCACGCAUCUCGUGGUGCACUAGUUCCUUCUUCUCCGUCGCCAGUUACGGCCACUCCACCGCCUCCUCCGAUAGGCUCGGUGGAGCCACUCCCUUUGUUCAGGGAUGUGCCGGUUUCAGAGAGGCAAACCUUGUUCUUGAGGAAACUCCAGAACUGCUGUUUCCAAUUCGAUUUCACGGAUACGAUUAAGAACGCGAGAGAGAAGGAGAUUAAGAGGCAAACGCUGUUGGAGCUGGUGGAUUUUAUACAGUCUGGAGCUAGUAAGAUCUCAGAGUCAUGUCAGGAAGAAAUGAUUAAGAUGAUUUCUGUUAAUAUAUUCCGGUGUCUACCUCCAGCAUCACAUGAGAAUACGGGUCAAGAGCCUGCAGAUCCUGAGGAAGAGGAGCCUUAUUUGGAACCUUCUUGGCCUCAUUUACAGCUAGUUUACGAGUUGCUACUGAGAUAUGUUGUUUCAACUGACACAGAUACGAAGGUGGCCAAACGGUAUAUCGACCAUUCUUUUGUGUUGAAGUUGCUUGACUUGUUUGAUUCAGAGGACCCGAGAGAGAGGGAGUAUUUGAAAACGAUUCUUCAUAGGAUCUAUGGGAAGUUUAUGGUUCACAGGCCCUUUAUUAGGAAAGCAAUUAACAACAUAUUCUAUAGGUUUAUCUAUGAGACUGAGAGACAUAGUGGGAUAGGGGAACUCUUGGAGAUUCUAGGCAGUAUUAUAAACGGGUUUGCGUUGCCUAUGAAGGAGGAGCACAAGCUAUUUUUAAUCAGGGUGUUGAUACCACUGCAUAAGCCAAAACCAAUCGCGAUAUAUCAUCAGCAGUUAUCUUAUUGCGUAGUUCAGUUUGUGGAAAAAGAUUAUAAGCUUGCUGAUACAGUAAUCAGGGGAUUGUUAAAGUAUUGGCCUGUGACAAACUGCAUGAAGGAGAAUCUCUUCCUUGGAGAACUUGAAGAAAUUCUUGAGGCAACACAGCCUGUUGAGUUCCAGCGUUGCAUGGUUCCGUUAUUCCAACAGAUUGGUCGCUGCCUCAAUAGCUCUCACUUUCAGGUUGCAGAACGAGCAUUGUUCUUGUGGAACAACGAGCACAUUGUGGGCCUAAUCGCGCAGAACCGAAGCGUGAUCCUUCCAAUCAUAUACCCUGCACUGGAGAAGAACAUCCAGUCUCAUUGGAACCAAGCAGUUCAUGGUCUAACCGCAAAUAUCAAGAAAAUGUUCAUGGAGAUGGAUCCUGAGCUAUUUGAAGAAUGCCAGAGACAGUACGAAGAGAAACAAGCGAAAUCCAAAGAAGUUGAAGAACAACGACAAUAUACAUGGAAGAGAUUAGCCCAAGCAGCGGCAGAGCGAGACGGAGGAGGAAGAGAAAGAGAAGAAGAAGAUCAUAUGAUCACUUCCUAG